AACAUUUACGAAAUUUAUUUUAGUUACCCGAAGAUAAUUUUUUACUCUAGUCUUCAAAUUAAAAAAAUACUCACAUAUACUAUCAUUUUAAACGGACCGUUUAAACUCUCGGUAUAAUUACUCGAGAGGGGACUAGGGACUUUUGUCACGCUCCGCCUGGUCCAGCACACGCAGUGGGAGAAAAAGAGAUCUACUAACGUUGCGGUGAUAAGAUCUACGGGGAGUAAACGAACGGCUAGAUCUCUAGACGUCAGUACGUCUUUUCCUCUUGUUUCUGCUAGUUCGAAUAGUCGACUGUUUAAUUGGUAUAUUUUGUGAUUGUGGUGUUUGGAGAACUUUAGUGGAGACAAUUUUUUUAAUUGAAUUAUUAUCAGUCAAAAUCAACUGUUGAUAUGGAAGAAAGUCUAGUGAAACCGGGUCCGUCCGGAAAACCGGUGGUAACGAUUACGGCUAGUGCGGCAGCAAGUGUGACGGCGGCAGCCAAAGCGGCAAUGAACAAAGCUCUAAAAGACAACGCACAAAUAAACGACGCCGUCAGCAAAGUCUUGCAAGGAUAUGACUGGACAUUAGUUCCGGUAGCAGCUAAGCCACCUUCCGAAAAGAAGAAUUCCCAUGUAAAAAGGCCCAUGAAUGCAUUUAUGGUGUGGGCUCAAGCUGCCCGUCGCAAACUUGCCGAUCAGUAUCCUCAACUUCACAACGCCGAGCUCAGUAAAACGCUUGGACAACUUUGGAGAUUACUUAGCGAAAAUGACAAAAAGCCAUUUAUAGAAGAGGCUGAUAGGCUUCGGGUCAUUCACAAAAAAAGGUACCCUGAUUAUAAGUAUCAGCCUCGCAGGCGCAAAGUACCGAAAAACGUGAAUAAAUCUCAGGAUAAAUGCCAACUAGACAAAAAUGAUCAAUGUGAACAACAAUACAACCAACGUACAAAGCUUAGCCAUAACACCAGCAACAGUAGCCGAAUCAUUAAACAAGAAAUAAUUAACUCUAGCUCACCAUCAAUAAGUAACAGUUCUUCUAGUUCUCCAUCUGGACCGUUGACUCCACCCACUACUCCUAAUUAUUACCCGGCCAAACCUCUAAGAAACAGUUAUUGUGACACUCCGUAUAACACUUAUUCCGAGGCUGCUAUAGAUUAUAGUUUAGAUUUCGGUAGAAUGGAUGAUCUACCAGCUGUCGAAGCUAUAGGUGCCGACAUGGUAGAUAACUCAGAACUGGAUCAAUACCUGAGACAGUAUCCGUCCACAUCGUCUGGAGUAUGGCCGGACCAAGAACAAUUUUAUCACCACAACAGGUACCAUGAACUUCAACCGAACAGUAAUGGUAAUGUUGUCGGAAAGUCAAACUUUCCGGCAUGCCAGCCCACAUUUCAACCACUAAAUUAUCAAUACAUGGUUAAUAAUUAUAAUUAAAUGAUUUUUAUUUCAUAAAUUCAAUAAAAUAUAUUUAUGAAUUUUAUCACUAUUAAAAAUAAAACAAAAUAACACUUUGGUACACCAAUUUUUGCUAUUCAAUAUAAUACACUAUAUGUAACAGUACCUAAAUGGUUACUCUUGACUGAUAUGCAAGGACUAAUUUGUUUAAAAGAACACUAUAUAAUUAUUGUUAAGAAAUAGAAAGUAUUUUUUUUAUAUUUAAGGUACUAUUUAUGUUAUUUUAAUAAUUAAAAAUUUUUAUUGUGUAAUGUUUAUUAAUUAAAAUGUUUGUAAACUAAUUCAUGUAAUAUUCUCGUUUGCCAUACUAUUUCUACACUAGAAUGUGUUUUGAGUUUAUUUAAUAUGUAAAUUAAAACGAUAUUUUACUAAGAUAUUAGCGUCAACUGUAGACUUUAUUAUUUUGUGUUUAUAUUAAACCAACACCGCCAGCCGAGUUCACACGAUCUAACUGCUUUAAUAAUCUUAAGCUCCAAUAACCGUUCACCUACGCACCGCAUAUUAUUGAGAUAAGCAAAUACCUUUGAUGGUAAGAGAAUCGCCAAAGCUACUAUUGGAGCACACUAGUUGUGGGAAGCAAAUUCUUUAAAUAAUAUGAUGUUAUCAAUGAAGUUAUUUUCACGGACGGUGCAUUAUUGAAUUUUUCAUUCAUUGAUUUACUUUGACAAUCUAUAAUUGGCGUGAGAAUUUUAUUUUACUUUUUGAUAAUAAACUAUAUGAUAAGAAAAUGUUUUAAUUUUUUUUAUAUUUAUUUGAUAACUUAUUUUGUUGUAAGAGAUUGCAAUUCAAAUUUUAAUACAUCAAAAGAGCCUUUCAUUGCUUAUAAAACAACGUACCUGAAUGAUUUGAAAAUAUUCUUAAAAACUUUGGCUACACUUUCAAGUAAUAUGUUAUUUUGCGAAUAAAUUAGUAAAAUACUUUGACAUAUAAAUAAAUUUUUAUUUUUCAAAAAUUAUAAAAUACUCAGUUAUUUAUAAAAAGUAUUUAAUUAUAAUUUAAU